AUGGAGAAUACCAAUUACAACGAGCAGUUCCAGAGCAUUACAAACAGAGUUGAGAGGAGCUCCCUUGCUAUAAAAAAUACUCCUCCGGUGAAGGAGAUCGUUAUUAGUAACCCUAAGUGGUCUAAUCUUGGCAUAAAUCCACUAAAAGGACAUCGUAUUUUUACAAUUAAAACCCGGUGGAACAUUGACGUCAAAGGAGACAGUGAUUUCACAAGCACUGUGCAGAGAAGAUAUGGCCACUUCUUGUGGCUAAGAGAAAAACUUUUAUCAAAGGAACCCUUUGAGCCCAUCCCACUGCUUCCUCCUAAAAAUUGGUUGAUGAGGAUCGAGAGUGAUAACUCUGAGAAAGUUAUUGACAGAAUGAACAGACUUCAACAUUUCUUGACUAUUAUCGUCACUAAUCCAGUUCUCAACGCUAUUGAUGAUGUCAGGGAUUUCUUGGUCGACACUGACGAAGAAUUCUAUGAGAGCCAAUACCAAGAUGAAGCUAGCAAGACAAAUCUAUCAGACAUUAUUGAAAGCACUAAGGGUAAUAUCUGGAGUAUUGGUAAAACAUUAGUCGGAAGAAUCCCUUUCAUUAACAAAAAAAAAGACCAAGCCCCUUCGCCUUACGAGAUUGAGCUGCAUAAAAUGAGGGUAGCUCUAGACAACCUUAACAAUAGUUUCCAAAACCUUGCUGAAGGCAUCACCAAAGAAAUAGAAUUCAAAAAGAAGAUUAGUUUUUUACAGAUAGAGUUUGGACAAAUUUCAUCAGAGAUUGGACAAGGGAUCAAGUCCAAUAAGAAGAAUAAGGGAGUACUUGGUUCUGUCUUUAAUGCUACAAACUACCUCGAAGCUCUAGUCGGUAUCGAUCCCAUGAAAAAGGUCAGCGAGAAAGAUAAAGAACUAGUGGAUGGAAUUAGAGAAGACCUCGAUUUCCCACUUUCUACGCACCAGGUUCUACUAAACAGCAUGUAUGAAUGUCUUGAAAGAGUUGAACUGAAGAUCCAAACUCUUGAUGAAUGAACUGAAAUUUUAAACCAGAAAAUUUCUAUGAAUAGAAGGCAAUCCAAUGAGUAUAAAUAUGGCAAUGCUCAAAUGCAAUUAGAAGAUGAGAUUAAAGAUAAUUUCUCAAAGCUCUACACUAACUUUGAGCUUAUUAAAGACUCAACUGAAGACUUAAUUUUCAAUAAGGUAAAAGAGAACUUUGUUGAUAAGCUAAUGAGUCACUCAAGCAUUUGCGACAAGUCUAUCGCUGAUUCUUGAUGCAGGGCAGAAGAAGAAGCCAGUCAGGAAAUGCAAAAAAUUCCUGCUGAGACAUAUAAAGAAGAGAAAAAAAUUAAAGAAACUAAAUCCCCGAUGAAAGAGAGUAACCAACAGAUUCGCCGUGAUUUGAGUAAUAUUAAGAACAUUGGAAUGUCUUCAUUCAAAGAUGCAGAAGAGGUAAAUGAUCUUGUUUUUGGAAGAAACAAUGCCAUCCAGAAAUAUCCCAGAGUCAAAGUUCCUAAUUCUGAACUACUUCCUCCCAAAAAUGUUACCCAUGCGUACAUUAACAAAGCUAACAACAAUAAAGCUUACGUUGAUCUUAGUGAUGAAGAAUCAGAAGAUGAAAAUGAGACCACAGCUGGCUUUGGACGAGGAAUGAAGAGUGUAAUAGGAACCACACAAGCAGUCCCCAAGACCACAUCCAAAAAGACCAAAUCCAAAGCUAAGAUAUCUGCUAUAUAGUCUCUAAGGGACUAAAAUUUGUUA